AGGCGCCUCACCUCGUCCACCGUCCGCUUGGGAAGGUGCAGGAUCCCCAGCAGCAGUUUCAGCUUCACCGCCGACGAGAGGCCGUGAAAGCACACUCGGAUGUUGUCCACGACGUCCUUAACCGCUCGGGCAUCGCCAUGUUAACUGCUCGCUUCCUCGGGGUCGUCGUCCUUGUCGCCGCCGCCGCCGCCGGCUUCCUCGCAGAAGCUGAUGCCGAGUCCGGCACCGUGAUCCCAGCUGAAAGUCGUCCCUGUGUUGAUUGUCAUGCUUUUGAAUUCAUGCAGAGAGCACUGCAGGACUUGAAAAGAACUGCAAAUAACUUGAAUACAAGGACCGAUGAUCUGCUCCUGAGAGUUGAAAAGCGGGCUUUAUGUGAUUGCUUGCCUUCAAACCUAUAGACUGAUAAAUAAGAGUCUGACCCUAUGGUCGGAAAAGUCCAAUGAUUCACGAUUCACACAAACAAGUGAACUGUUUGAUGAGAAUGUGUUUGAAGGUCGCUUUAGCUGGGGUAUGUGAAGCUUAACACCACUACAAGUAGUUAAUAUAUUGUGAGCCUUUUCAAAAGGACUGAAUAUUUAGUUGGUGAAGCUGUUGUUCUUUGGAAUUCUCCUUUGCCCUGUUUUCACAAAGUUCCAAAGGGCCUCCUUUUUAUUUAACCAUUCCAUCUCAUGGAUGUUUCCAUUGUAUUCUUCCCUCCCUUCUCACUCCUCCAAACCGGAUUCCUUUCACACCUAUGUCUAGUUCACCUUUCCCUAUCAAAUAGAGAAAUUUCUAAUGUGAAGAGUCAGUCGUAUCUUGUAUUAACAACUUGUAAAGUUCUUUGCAGGUAAUUUGUUUGCACUUUUAUUUAUAUUGUACUUAAUUAGUAAGCAUGAAAUAUGUAAUGUGAGUUCACUCUUUCUGGCGAUUAAGGAGGAAAAUGGAGUUGAGGCAGGAGGGUGGUAUGAUGGAAGAGCAUGCUGUGGUGAGGGGGUAGGUAGAGGAGGGAAUGCAUAUUGCUGACUUUUCCUGUUAUGUUGAUAGAACACUACAGUAAUAUUCCAUUUGGUGAGUAAAAUGUUCUUUGCAAGUUUUAAAUAUUUAGCUGUGGUAAUGUGUUGUAUGAGAUUGACAAGUAGUUUUAUUAACUUGUAUUGAUCUGAAAAUAUUACUUAACUGUAAAAAAAAUGCAUGGUACAGUUGCCAUUGUAACUUUUCCAGAGUAAAAUUCCAUUCAACAGGAAACUUUUGAUUUUAAACAUUUUAUUGCUUGUGUACACUUGUGCUUCAGUUCCAUUUCAUAUCUCUCCCCCCCCCCCGCCCACCCUUUAAUGUUACUGUGAGCAUCAGGCAGGAACUGUGAAUGAAACACUUCCAUUUCACCAUCUUCCAUUUAGUGCAGGUUUUUUUAGAACAACAACAAAAUGAGUAGUUUCCCUCUCCCGUGUGCCUGCCUCCUGCAGUUUUCUGACCGAGGUAUCCUGUCCUGUGGUAGAUUUUUUAGUCUUUGAGGUGAUAGGAAACCAGUAAAAGCUGAGCCUUGGGUUGUCACUUCUAACAUCUUUACCAGUCUUUUCUUCUGUUUUCUACAACUUGUGGGAAUAAGCUGUUAGUAGAAACAUAGAAAAUAGGUGCAGGAGUAGGCCAUUCGGCCCUUCGAGCCUGCACCGCCAUUUAUUAUGAUCAUGGCUGAUCAUCCAACUCAGAACCCUGCCCCAGCCUUCCCUCCAUACCCCCUGAUCCCCAUAGCCACAAGGGCCAUAUCUAACUCCCUCUUAAAUAUAGCCAAUGAACCGGCCUCAACUGUUUCCUGUGGCAGAGAAUUCCACAGAUUCAACACUCUCUGUGUGAAGAAGUUUUUCCUAAUCUCGGUCCUAAAAGGCUUCCCCUUUAUCCUCAAACUGUGACCCCUCGUUCUGGACUUCCCCAACAUCGGGAACAAUCUUCCUGCAUCUAGCCUGUCCAAUCCCUUUAGGAUUUUAUACGUUUCAAUCAGAUCCCCCCUCAAUCUUCUAAAUUCCAACGAGUACAAGCCCAGUUCAUCCAAUCUUUCUUCAUAUGAAAGUCCUGCCAUCCCAGGAAUCAAUCUGGUGAACCUUCUUUGUAGUCCCUCUAUGGCAAGGAUGUCUUUCCUCAGAUUAGGGGACCAAAACUGCACACAAUACUCCAUGUGUGGUCUCACCAAGGCCUUGUACAACUGCAGUAGUACCUCCCUGCUCCUGUACUCGAAUCCCCUCGCUAUAAAUGCCAGCAUACCAUUCGCCUUUUUCACCGCCUGCUGUACCUGCAUGCCCACUUUCAAUGACUGGUGUAGAAUGACACCCACGUCUCGUUGCACCUCCCCUUUCCCUAAUCGGCCACCAUUCAGAUAAUAAUCUGUUUUCCUAUUUUUGCCACCAAAGUGGAUAACUUCACAUUUAUCCACAUUAAAUUGCAUCUGCCAUGAAUUUGCCCACUCACCCAACCUAUCCAAGUCACUCUGCAUCCUCUUAGCAUCCUCCUCACAGCUAACACUGCCAAGUUUGAAAUGGACAGUAUAUUUAUGUAAAGGUUUUCCAUGUGUGGUUGCUAAUUUGCUUUCCAAAUUUGGAAAAUGUAAGAAAUCUUUAAAAUUCCAACUAUCAUUGGUUUUAAAAAAAAGAUUCAAAAGGUAGAGGUAGACUGGGCCAGAAUACACAGCUAAUAAAAUUAAUAGUUUUAUUAAGAAAAUUGCAUUGCAGUGAUGAUAUUUAAAAUGCUGUCAUGUCAAAAGCUGCAAGAUUGUUCAUAAUUUAUCUUACAUGGUGUUACAAAUAAGUUUUUCAUUCUAGCCAUGCAUCUAUGUAUUUGUACAUUUAACAUUAAACUCAACUUUGACUUGCACUGAAAUGAGAAAAUAAUCAUAUUCAUUUAAACUUUGGCUCCAGUCUUAUUAUUAAAUUGAUAUGAUCACUUUUCUGGAUCGUUUUCCUUCAAAGUAAUCUGCCUGAUGCUUUACUGAGGGGAGAAAAAGAUGAA